AAGGGAGGCUGGCAGGAGGACAGCACUAUCGGACUGAGGAAAUUGACGACUGCAAAGCAUGUGGGCAACACACUGUAUAAAGCUCAUACACGUAUAGGCUGAUGUGCAGCUACUACUUUGGAUUCCAUAUUGCUGCUUUCCUCUGCACAAAACCACCAGGCUGCACACUAAACCUGCUCUUUGGAACUGAGCGUUUAUCACUGUAAGACAUGAAGAGCUUCCUGUUUUUCACCAUCCUCCUGGUACCGGUGCACAUCGGAACUGCUUGGAGUGCAAAAUAUGCAGUAGAUUGCCCUGAACCUUGUGACAGUAAUGUGUGUAAAAGUACGUUGCGUUGUAAGCGAACCGUGCUUGAUGACUGUGGGUGUUGCAGAGUCUGUGCAGCAGCCCUGGGGGAGACCUGCUACCGCACUGUCUCAGGGAUGGAUGGUGUCAAAUGUGGGCCUGGGCUGAAGUGCCAGUUUUACACAGAAGAGGAUGACUUUGGUGAUGAAUUUGGUAUCUGCAAAGAGUGUUCUUAUGGUACCUAUGGAAUGGAAUGCAGAAAAACUUGCAAUUGCCAGUCUGGCAUAUGUGACAGAGUAACUGGAAAGUGUUUGAAGUUCCCAUUUUUCCAACUUUCUGCUGCAAAGCCACCAAACAGAAGAAAAUUAAUUUUACACACAGAGACUGACAUGGCAUCGGGGGAUGGUAAUUCUGUAAAGGAAGAAUUUGUCAAAGAGAAAGUAAAAAGCUCUCCAGUAAUGAAAUGGUUAAAUCCUCGCUGAUACUUACAUUUGCAGGACUUUCAAAUGCCCACAUGUCUCACAUAUUAUUGAAUAUGCAACAACACACUUUAAAAAUGAAAUAUAACUAUAGCAUAUGAAAAUGUAACCUCUAAAGACCAAUUGUGAUUCUGUGCAUCAUCAGAAAACAUGUUUACUUACAAAAUAGACUGUACAGUUUACAUGAUUUUUGAUAUUUGUUUUGAUAAAUAUUUGAACACUAAAAUGUAUUGUGGAUUGCUGAAUGUACAGUAAUAUUGAAAACCAGUGCCUACCCACCUGCCAGCAUUUGAACAAUGUUUAAGGGCCCAUUCCUGCAGUCCCCAUGCAAGGAAACUCCCAUUGAAUUCAGUGGAUGUUUUUUGUAAGUAAAAGCUGCUAAUACAAAGCCAGUGUCAGGGUGACACAUAUUGACAAAAGCUUGGAAAUGCAAAGCUACAAACUGAUGUCCUUGACUCACACCAACAAGAAUAAUACUAAUGUAAAUGGCAUCAUGGUGCAAAUUCACUAACUCAACCUUAACUUUGAAUAUUCUGGCUUUUGUUAGUUUCGUGACAACUAACGAGAUGUAAACAUUAGUUUAAGCCAAAGAUUCUCAAACUAGGGGUUGGGACAUCAAAGUGGAUUGCACCCUCAUUUGAAUAGGUUGUAAGGACCAGCAUUAGUCUAAACCUGAGCUCCACCCCUGUCUGGGGCAUUGGGGCUUGGACUUGGAUCCCUCCCCUCCUACACAGGGCGGUGGGGUUCGGGUGCCUCCUCCUAGGUCAUGCAGUAAUUUUGUUGUCAGAAGUGGGGUCAUGGUGCAAUGAAAUAUGAACGCCACUGCUUUAAGUUCAACACUUAAACGUAUACAAUGUGAAUUACUUACCUGAUACUAUGUAAAAACACAUAUGGAGUUAAAGUAUAUUCCAAAAGGUGGCUUUUGUGUUCAGUAGCCUGUAGAGGCCCUGAAGGAGUACUGCAGAAUCAGCAUAAAUAUGCAUUAUAGAUAACACAUGUUUCUGCCCAAUGAACUGGAAUGAAUCAGAGAAUGUAGAGACACUAGGAUACCUCAGUGCCCAAUUCUUCAUCUCCUUCAUCUCUAUAAAGCAGUGGUGGGCAGCUGCUUUGGCCGGGGGACUGUAUGUUGACAAUCAAGGUAAUCUGAUUGUGGGCCUCAAAACAUUUGGCUGACAUUGACCAUCCACUGGCACUGCCCCCUGCACUUCCCAGUGGCCAUGAUUCACUGUUCCUGGCCAAUGGAAGCAGCAGAAAACAGCAGCCAGAACAUUCCUGCAGCCCCUUAGCCUGCAGGCGCUUCCCCCAUGGUUCUCAUUAGCCUGGAACAGCAAACUGCAUCCACUGUGAGCUGGGAGGGGACGGUGCCUGCUGGUUGACAUCAGCAAAAUGUCUUGUGCCUGCACUUAGAUGACCCUGAUGGGCCACACAUGGUCCUUGAGGUUGUCCACCACUGCCUUAGGGAGUGGUAGGAGUUGCUAAUUCUUCACUCGGUCCUUAUUUGGCUAUGUAUUGAUAUGGCAUAAAACAUCAUAAUGUUUACAUAGGCACACAUUAAAACCUACUUAUAUAAUAGCUAAUACUGCUCAUGUGCAGAAGCCCAUUUAUAAAAAUCAAUUGCUUUGCAGUUUUAAUUAAAAAACUAAGCCAGAUUGUUAGUUAGAAUAAACUAAUUAGUUUAAGCCAGAAGUUCUCAAAUUUGGCAUUAGGACCUUGAAGUGGAUUGUAUCCCCAUUGUAUUAGGUUGCAAGGAUCAGCAUUAGAUUUUCUGGGACCUGAGGGUGAAGUCUAACCCUGAGCUCCACCCCAGUGGGAGGCAUUGGGACUUGGGCUCAGGCCAGAUCCUUAGAUAGAGUAAACUAAUGUAGUUCCAUUUAAGUUAAAGGAGCUACCUUGACUUACAUAUAUGAGGAUCUGGCUCAUAAAAUAAAUUGGUCUCAUUGGAAACCCAAUAUGGUUUCCAUUGAAAUCAUUAGUAGUUUUGUUAUUAACUUCAGUAGGAGAGGAUGCAGACCUUAGUGGUAACAAUUUGGUGCGGGGUCUAAAAACAAGUGUAAAAGAACCCAACAAAAGAAAACCAAAAUAAUUUCAGUGUUAUUAGAGACUGAUCAAUUAAAGUUUAUCCAAAUCUUUCCAUUGACUACAAUGGAUUUUGGAUUAGGACCUAAAAGAACAAAAAUUAUGUCACAACAGGGAAUGUCUACAAAUUAAAAAUGGUUAAUUUAACUCUGCAGUUACAACAAUCAGAAGAAACGACAAACCACGGCUAGCAUGCAACAGGCUGUUAUGAUUGAAGUAGGGAUUUUAACAGAAGUGCUGUCACUGUCAUGACGACAGUGGCACAGACAGCACCUCUGUAAAAUGCUCUAUUGGUGUGAAACAUUUACAAGCACAAGGGUUGAUCCUGCAGCUACUGAUGUCAGUGACAAUUGACUUCAAUGGGAACAGGGCCAGAGACCCAUAUUUUUUAUUGGUCCAGAGAACGUUAUUUAAAUGUCUUAAAUAUUUACAUACUUUUUUUUGUUAUUUCCUACAGUGUCAGGAAUGACAUUAUGGGUUCUUGAAUGUAAAUCUAAGAAGCUGUUUUUUUUAAAAAAGUAUAUGUUUAUUAUUGUUCAAUAAAUCCUCUA